UCUUAACUAACCUCAAUUUUUUGUAAUAAGUUAAUAUUUUUGAUAUUACCGAUUUUAAAGCGAGUUUACGUUAUUUUAAAUAAAAAUAUAUUUGAUACAAUGUCGUUGGUUCCGGAUUACGGAGAGUCUAGCUCAAGUUCCUCAUCAGAUAGCAGCGAGUCUGAUAGUGAAACAAGUGUAACAGAAGAAAAAAAUGUAAAACCCAUACCAAAAGCUUUUUUGCCAAAACCUAAUUUUGGUGAAGACUCCAAAGAUGCUGCUCAAAAUUCAGUUUUCAAAAACCCUUUUACUGAAGCUGAAAAUGCCAAAGAGGCUAUUUUACAGAAGCAUGUGAAAAUGGUGGAUUCGAAGGACAAUGUUAUAGUUAUUAAUGGUAAAAAAAUAUGUUGGAAUUAUCGAAAAGGGAGAUGCAGAUUUGGCCAUAAUUGCAAAUUUGCUCACGAUUCUGAUAUUCAAAAAUCCAAAGAACAACUAGAGUCUGAAAAGCAAGUCCAGCAUGUGGUAGUUUGUCAACACCAGAAUCUACCACAACCAAGUUCAAAUGAAAUUGAGAAAAUAAAAGAAGAAUCGGUUUUAUUAAAUCAAAAAAGAAGGAGGCCUGGACUGACCCAGGGUUUAGUGCCUGGAAAGAAAAUUUCACCUGCAAACAUCUGCUUUUAUCCGCAAACAUCUGUUUUAAUCUCCAAACAUCUGCUUUUAUCCGCAAACAUCUAUUUUAAUCUGCAAAUAUCUGCUUUUAUCCGCAAACAUCUGAUUUUAUCUGCAAACAUCUGA